UCAAAAGUACACAUACACACACACUUUACUUUCUUGCUCUAGGAUACCAAAAUACCUCACUACGUAGGUUGAUUUGAAUUUCUAAGUCACGUGACAAAACCAUGCUACUUAAAAUGCAGUGUGUGUGGUUUGAAUGACUUAAGACCAAAUUCUUGUUUUCCUUGCAUAACUGUAGAUUUCUGUAGUCUGUGCUUGCCUACCCAGACUUAUGUUCAUACUCAGCAACUGAAGAAGGUGACAAGUAUUUAGACAGCAGGCAAAGACUAUAGCUACUUUUGAAAUAGAAGCUUUUCAUCCAGAAGUUAAUUAAGUCAUCCUCGGACCAGGAUUCACUGGGGAAAACUUACAGACAGUUUCAGGAGUAGAGCAGUCUGUAGCUGAGAUUGUGACUUCAUUUCCCUAAAGCCCUUCCUGAGAAGAUGAUCUCACACAACAUGACGUGGAUAAAAUAUCCAAGUAAAGACUUCAUUGAAAUUGAAGAUAUCAUAAGGUCACAGAACAUCAUAUCAAGAUUUAUGCACAUCUACAUUGCACUGUUUGUCCCAACAAGUCUGGUGGCCGGCACAUUCAACCUGACCACCUUUAUAAAGAGGCACACUAGGCUGGAAAAACUGGACCUGUACCUCUUGGACUUGACUAUGACAAACCUUCUGGUGACCCUGUUUUCAUUCACUGCCAUAACUAGACCAGAUUACAUACCAACCACCAACCUGGGCUGCGGGGUACUUUCUUUUUUCUUCAACAUUUGUUACUUCAAUGCUCAAUACAUUCAGAUUGCCAUGCUCUAUACGUUCCUGUUCCAGGAUUACUUGCCCUGUCUGAGGGUGGUGACACUGAUCAAAAAGCCCCUGGGAAACUUAAGCCUUGUCUUUGCUUGUGCUUUCAGCAGCUCCCUGGGAGGGGUGAUGCUUCUAGGCAUAGCUGGCUCGUUACUUAAAAGUACCCUGUGUCAAGUGGACCCGCUGACAGCCUGGCCUGAAUAUGAGAUUGUCAAAUUCAGCUUGGGUUUUGGGGUAACAUUGAUUAUAGAAGUGGUUUUCUUUACCCUAAUCAUUGGGAAGCUGGUACGGAGAGCUACUCAUCCACAGAAAGACAACAGGCCCAUUUACCUGGUCAUGCUGACCAUCACCCUGAUCAUGUUUGCCUGUCGUCUCUUUUACAAUAUUAUGCUACUCAACAGGUCCAGGCUCAAACUUCAGAGGGAUAAUGGUUCUCCCAGAGAUGAGCUCAUCAUGAAUAUUGCAGAGCUAGUCCUGUUUGGUGAGAGCUGGGCAAGUAACCUGGCCAUUCUUUUUCUUUAUAAGCCAUGUAAGCUUUCCCUGAAGAAAAGCCUACAAAAUCUAACCAAACAGUGCCGGAGGGAAGAAGAGACCCACAGCAGCAUGCCCCUGGAGAGAAGAAUCUAAAAUGCGCAAGGCAGGGUGGAGAGAGGCAACACUGGCAAGCCUUUAGCGGCUCAGCCUUUUAAGAGGAGCACAGCCCAUCUGCUGCAACUCCCAAUUUGCACUGCAAGAUCAAGUAGGCAGGAUUUGACGUCUUGGCAAGAGACUGCGGGGAUUUUGUUACUAUUAGAGUCUAGAUCAUCCCCAACUAUUCCUAAAUGCCAAAAAGCACCUCCGUUUAAAUAAGAAAUCAGAAUGGAAGGCAGCCAGCCUUCUUAAGCUCCCUCACAAGUUAAAACUGGUGCCAAGCUACCUGAAUACAUUCACAAUGGAUUCAAUAAAUACAAGCCAGAAUAUAUUUGGAUAUUUAAGCAA